ACCAGCUUUAGCAUUUACUAAUCAAGAAAACGCAGCAGGCUAGUGGUUGAAUGUGCGAGACCGCUUGAUGCAGCCAGACUGUUGUCAUAGCUUGUCUGCAGUGCAGUGUCAGGGGGAGUCAGUCGAAGAGCCACUUGUGAUUAGCUCUUUUAGUUGUUAGCAAGCGAAACCCUUGAAGGUUGCGUUCCCUUUGCUGAAAGAUGGGCACGAGAGACGACGAGUACGAUUAUUUGUUUAAAGUGGUGCUGAUUGGUGACUCAGGUGUGGGCAAGAGUAACCUGCUGUCCCGCUUCACCCGCAACGAAUUCAACCUGGAGAGCAAGAGCACCAUCGGGGUGGAGUUCGCCACACGCAGCAUCCAGGUGGACGGCAAGACGGUGAAGGCCCAGAUCUGGGACACAGCAGGACAGGAGCGCUACAGGGCCAUCACCUCAGCGUAUUACCGUGGUGCUGUGGGGGCUCUUCUGGUGUAUGACAUCGCUAAGCACCUGACCUAUGAAAAUGUGGAGCGCUGGCUGAAGGAGCUGCGGGACCACGCCGACAGCAACAUCGUCAUCAUGCUGGUGGGCAACAAGAGUGACCUGCGCCACCUGAGGGCGGUGCCCACCGACGAGGCCCGAGCGUUCGCAGAGAAGAAUGGCCUGUCCUUCUUGGAGACAUCAGCUCUGGACUCCACCAACGUCGAGACGGCCUUCCAGACCAUUCUGACGGAAAUCUACCGCAUCGUGUCCCAGAAACAGAUGUCGGACCGCCGAGACAACGACAUGUCUCCUAGCAACAACGUGGUGUCCAUCCAGGUGCAGCCCACUGAGAACAAACCCAAGAUGCAGUGCUGCCAGAGCAUCUAGCAGCCGCCCAUACCCCCAUCCCUCACACACACACACAAGCACACAGACACAGACACACACACACACACACACACACAAAUGCACACACACACACCAUCCCAGCCCCCCUCUCCUCUGUAAGACUGCUUGGGUCCCUGGCUGCAGCUGUGGUGGCAGGCAGAGGCACUCCGACAGUGUGGCCAGGCCUGGGUGGCUUUGAAGGGUCGCCACCUGCAGUCUCUGGACUGACUGAGCUUUUAAGUUUGGGGCUUUUAUUUUUGUUUUUAUUAUUAUUAUUAUUAUUAUUAUUAUUAAUAAUAUUUUUUGUCCGUUUUAUUUUCUGCCGUUGUAGGCUUUUUAUAUGGCAAAAUUUUAAUAAUCAUACGUGCUGAUCUUCACAGAAAUGUCUUAAUAUAUAUGAUUUGUUUUUGUUUGUGUGUGUGUGUAUGUGUGGGAGUGCGUUUGAGUGUUUUUGUUUUGUAUUUUGUUUUCAGCAACAUGUGUUAUUUGUUCAUGCUGUUUGUCUUCUGAGAGGGCACGCCCUGAUUUGUCUUGUUGAAAGGCGACAGAGAUGGAUAGAUGAGGUAGGGGUUUGGCCUUGUCCUGAGUCUCCACUCUCUCAUUGGUAGUUACUGACUGGCUCUGAUUGGAUGGCUAGCUUAUUCAGUGCUGACCGGUUCUGAUUGGAUGGUUUAUAGAUGCUGAGAGAUUCUGAUUGGGUGGCUUUGAAAACUUCCUCAUCUCUCGUCUUGGAUAUUUCAGCCCAUUAUUCAAUUGCUGAGCAGUUAAGAGGCUCAGAACCAAUAACAAAAGACCAACAACAACAUGCAGAACAUUCGGCGUGUGUCCGUGUAUGGGCUGAUCGUAACCCAGGGGGGUGGGUUUUGACCGGUGGUUAAUCAAGGACACAAAUCACGCUUGCUUGCUUGAUCACGCUUUUGAGAGCUCAAAGGUGUUGGUGGUAGCAGCAGCAGCAUCAGCAGCAGCGGCGGCGGCGUUAGUGAGGGUGCUCUUUGCUCCAUCUGUGCACUGGAAGGGUGUGGAAGGGUUUCCCUCCCACUCCAGGCUUCCUGCCUCAGCUUGGCUUCACGCGGUGGGUCCUGUGUGUGUCCACGCGCUCGGCGUGCGGCGGGAGUGGUUUCAGUGCCUUUCUCUACGGAAUGUCACAAGGGGACGAGGCCUUCUGAUUCACCUCUGAGGCUUCGCUUACCGCAGGUUCCCUACUCUGCUUAUCCCAAUUGCUCCCUAUUGCGCCCACCCGCCCACACACACACACACACACACACACACACACACAGACACACACACACACACACCCUCUCUGGCCUUUCUCUCGCUCUCUCUCUUUUUCUUUCUCUCUCUCUCUCCAACCUCAGCAUGCUCAUCUUAUAUCUUGAUGCCUUCAUCCACUCCUUUCUCUCUCCAUCUCUGUAUCUGUCUGUCUGAAUGCCGUAGUUCCCCGGUCUGGUGUUGCCUCUGCUAUAUGAGACGCAUUUGAGAAGAGACCCCCUCGCUAGCUUAGUUUAGUACUGGAAGCAGCCCCCUCUGACUCCACUGUAAACUUGCUUGAGUUUUUUUUAUUGUUACUGAGUGAUUAACGUCAGCUUUGUUUCCUCCCCUCUUAACUGGAACCCCCUCAUCUGUGUGUGUGUGUGUGUGUGUGUGUGUGUGUGUGUAUAUGUGUGGGUGUGUGUCUUAGUCUGUUUGAGAAAAUGUCCGUCCUGACUAGUUUGUACUUCACAGUCACUGAGGUAGAACACUAGCUAACAAAUACACACCCAACCCUUUUUAUUUUCAGUGCCAAUGGACCAUUAAGAGCAUUCAUGUAUGUAUGUAUUUAUGUAUGUAUGUAUGUACAUAUGUAUGUACAGUAUAUACGUACUGUAGCAUAGUUGAGCAACACAUUGUAGUCUCUGUGCUGUGGCCCAGUGUAUGGUCACAUCCUCCUGAGUAUGCCUUAGCAGACCACUAGGUCACUAGGACACUCAAGGCCAAUACUGACAAAAUGGCCUAGUCCCAUCACACGCACUUGCACCCUUGCAACUUUCUACACCUCUUAAUGAAUGGAGUUUGGAAUGGUGAAAGAACGAAAGCAGAAUGAAACGUCUCGUUGUCCAGCCUUCUACACAGAAAUGACACCUUGUAAAGGAGCACUGCAGGAGGGUGCAAGUGCGGGCAUUGGGAUUGGGCCAGGACGUGCUGUGGUCAGGUGACUGAUAGGAAGUCCAAGGCUGCAGACCAGUGUACAACUCUGAAUCCACCCCAGACACAGACACCGACACCCGGCCUUGGUCUUCCCACUGGCUUCAGAAAUGAGAGGUUUCACAAAACAGCACUACAAUGAUGACUGUCCUAUUUUAAACCUGUGUCUUCGUAUUUAUCCAGUGUCCUCUUCACUUCAGCUGUAAUGUAUUGUAUUAUGGAUUCUCUCCACUUAGAAUUAUGAAUUAGCUUCAAAAUGUACCACUUGAAUUUUUUUCAAUAAUAGUACCCGACCCUGUAUUAUAAACAACGGUUUUGUCAUGAUUUUUUAAGUUUAUUAUCUUUUAAUUUCUAAAUCAUGCAUUCCUUUGUAACUAGCUUAGCAAAAUGCCACCCUCGUGGCUAACAGCUCUUUUUUUAUGGUGGAGCUGUCCCAACCUAAAAACGACGACCUCCAUCUGACGGUGGAUGUUAUCUGUGAUGACUGAACCAGUUCUGAGUAAUGCGUUCCUGCCUGCCUGAAAGAUGUCACACAGCAGGCAUGAAGUGCUUUUAUAUAUUCGUCUUAGAGAGCCACUCUUGCCCAAUGUCCUUUCCUCUCCCGCCUUUUCCCAAAAGGCUAAGGUCCAGAGUUCAGUUUCAUUAAUAGCUGAUUAAUGGCCGUUUUCAAACAAACUGAAAAAAGUGCUUCUUUGUACCAACACACUUGAAUAGCACUCAACAUUGUUUGAGAACAAGACUGGCUCUUUGAGAUGAAGUAUAUCUGUGGUGUAGCCCUGGGGAAAACGGUAGUGAUUUAGGUGAUGUUGGCAUCGACGUGACUUGGGUAGAACCACUAGGCACUGUUUGGACGCAUCAGGCAAGCGUAUGAUUGUAAGCCUCGGGCGUGUCUCUUGGGAAGGUUAAGGCAAAUCCAUUUGAAUGUAUGUCAGUCCUUAAGAUCAUCACACCCUUAGACCCCCCUGGAGGCUUGUAACAAGCUGUGAGAAUGGUGCGUCCUCUUGUCGUUGUUCCACCUCUGUGUUGGCAGGGCUUUGCUACAGGCAGAUGGUCACAGGAGAACCUUGAUCGUGGAACGUGUCGGUUCUACAGGGUGUUAAGCUGCCUGUGGCGGGCAGUGCUGGUGAUGUGGGGAAGGGGGGGCACAGAUGGCAUUGUCUCGCCCUGUUCUGCCCAAACUACUGCAGACCGCCUCGGUGUGUCCAAACUAGUUUAUUUUCAUUUUGUUACGCUGUAGUGAUUGUCAAAUGAUCUUUCACAUAUUGCCUCUGAAACGAUUAUUUUAUGUUAUAUUUUUAUUGCGUUUGUUUUACGUUUGCGCUGUGAUUUCUUUUUUUCAUUUCUAUUGUUAUGAUUAUACUAUUUACUCUCUUCACUGUAAUUCCAAUUUAAAAGUGCAAAUAAAAGAAAAGACUUCAAACGGA